CUGAACUCAAACCACUUGCAUCAAUGGCAUCCAUUUUCGCAGCUCGAGAAGCUUCCUAUUCGCAGAACCUUGCAACUCCUCUUGCUGACAGGCCUGCAGCCGACGCCAGCGACGAUGAGACCUACGAGAUUACGGAUCGAACUGUGGACGAGAGCACGACGCGAUUGAACGAGAAGCCCGAGCUGCUGCACCACCUCCAGAAUGAUUCCUCGAUUCUCACGCUUGCGGUUGGAGACAAACUGCUGUAUGCUGGCACACAAGAUGGGGAGAUUGUAGUUUGGUCGUUGGCUUCGUUUGAGCUGGUUCAGCGGAUACAAGCACACACUCGCGCGGUGCUGUCUCUCUUCCUGUCGGCGGAUGGGAAGCUCCUAUUCUCCAGCGCGGGAGAUGCCAUUGUCAACGCAUGGUGCCCGACCACUUUGAAGCGACUUUACCAUGUCUAUAGCACAUACGAUGUCGGUGACGUCUUCAGUGUUGCAUAUUCAGCGCAGUUCGAAACGGUGUAUCUUGGGGCACAAAAUACAAGCAUACAAUGGUGCAGUUUAAAGGACCAGACUGCGAGACGAACUCCAAAUCCAGAAAACCAUCCUGAUCGCCGAAAUCACCGAUUCUUUGACUCCCUCGACCGUGGAGGGUCUUCUACCCCGAGACCACAAACAACUCGAACUGGCAACCAUGAAGGGGAGGUUCUCGAGAUUGACAAGGCUCAUAUGAUGCAUUAUGCACAUUUUGGAUAUGUGUACUGUAUGCUUAUGGUACAUGGUGUAACCCGGCUGGUGGAUUCAGAUGAGGAAUUUUUGAUUUCCGGUGGAGGGGAUGGUACAAUCAAGAUUUGGAAAUUGUUCCAUGAUCAGAGUCAAGGAAUUAAGGAGGUUGCUUGUCUUGGGGAGGACGACGCUGAAUCGGUGUUGUCUUUGGCCAUUGACGGCUCCUUCUUGUACAGCAGCAAACUUGAAGGAGUCAUCGAAUUGUGGGAUCUGGAUACCAAACAAAAGCUUCGUGUCAUCAAGGCACACAAGGGAGAUGUCACGACUUUGCAGAUGGGCUGGGGAUUUCUUUGGAGCGCUGGGUCUACUGGUUUCGCGAGAAAAUACAGCACAGUACAAUAUGGAAAAUAUCAAGAUAGGACCUCGUUCAGCCAAAAGUAUCAAUGCGUCAAUCGAUGGAGAGCACACGAAGGGCGGAUCCUGGCUUCUGCAGUCACUACAUACAACGACCAGCAAUUAUACGUCACUGGAGCCAAUGAUAAUUCCGUCUCCAUAUGGAAUAUCACUGGCUGCAAUUCGGGAACUUAUGAUAGGACGCAGAUGUCUGAUAGCCAGUUGAUAAAGUCGCUUUAUGAGUUUGUCUCGUUUAAGACCAUAUCUUCGAGACCAGAUCAUGCUGAGGACUGCCGACGUGGGGCCACUUUCCUCCGAACUCUGUUCAAGAAACAUGGAGCACAAACUGAGAUGCUGAAUACGGACAAUCAUCACAACCCUGUUGUUUACGCUAAGUUUAAAGGCAACUCGACAACUUCCGGCAAGCGAAAGAAGAUUUUGUUCUAUGGUCACUAUGAUGUAGUUCCUGCUGAUAACAAGCAAAACAAAUGGAUCGUUGACCCUUUUGAAAUGAAAGGUGUAAACGGGUAUCUGUACGGCCGUGGUGUGACGGAUAACAAGGGACCAAUUAUGGCUGCUUUGUAUGGUGUGGUGGAUCUCGUACACGAAAAGGAGCUGGAGUCUGAUAUCAUGUUUCUCAUCGAAGGAGAGGAAGAGUCCGGAUCUCGAGGCUUCAAAGAUGCUGUUCGACGGCACAAGGACCUGAUUGGUGACAUCGAUUAUAUAAUCCUUGCGAAUAGUUAUUGGCUGGAUGACGAUGUACCGUGCUUGACUUACGGACUUCGAGGUGUACUUCACGCCACCGUGAAGGUCGACAGCAAUCAUCCUGACGUGCAUAGUGGAGUUGACGGAAGCUUCAUGAUGGACGAGCCGCUCUCUGACCUGACUUCGGUCCUGGCCAAGCUCAAGGGUCUACACAACCGCAUUCAAAUACCCGGCUUCUAUGACAAUAUUUUGCCACUGACUCCUGUCGAAGAAGCCCGCUACGAUGACAUUGUGGAAACCUUGAUUCGACGAAGCCCUGAAAAUGGACCACCCGAAAGAUUGAAAGCUUCCCUGAUGGCACGAUGGCGAGAGCCGAAUUUGACAAUCCAUCGCUACAAAGUCUCCGGUCCAGACGGCUCCCUCGUCUCAGCUCACGCUAGUGCAUCGAUAUCCCUCCGUCUCGUACCAAACCAAGAAGUCGACGACGUAAUCAAACAACUCACCAGUUUCCUAAAAGACGCCUUUGCCCAACUCGACACGCACAACCACCUUACAAUCACAAUUGACAACCAAGCGGACGCCUGGCUCGGCGAUCCAGACAACGAGAUCUUCCAGACACUCGAGAAAGCAAUCAUGGACGUCUGGGGCCCCAUCGGCGAGACUCGUCGCUCCAGCGUUCCUGGACCAAAACAAGUUAAGAAACCUGCUACCCCAACAAUGAGCCCAAGUCUUAAGCCUACUCCUGCUACUACAACUACUCUCACAAACGGGAGCGAUCAUACGUCUCUUGCUGCUACGCCGCUUGAGAUGCUGUCUGAUUCUCCCGAAAAUUCGUCGCCGGUUGAUGGCACGAAUGGCGCGAGAAGAGGGCGGAAACCGCUGUAUAUUAGGGAGGGGGGAUCGAUUCCUAGUAUCCGGUUCUUGGAGAAGGAGUUUGAUGCUCCGGCUGCGCAUCUGCCAUGUGGACAAGCGAGCGAUAGCGCGCAUUUGGAUAAUGAGAGACUGAGGCUGAGUAAUUUGUAUAAGAGUCGUGAGAUCUUUAGGAGGGUGUUUAGGGAGUUGCCGAGGAAGUAGGAGUGGUGUGGGAAGGGGAGGGAGUGAGCUAUUUUCGAGGCUUUAGCGUGGCGUUUGAGAGAUGAUAUCCGGGACAUUAAAAAAGCUGCUUGGAGAUGAUUCUCUUCAUAGGGGGAGUUUAGAUUGGCGGAUUGUAUGAUAGAAAAGCUUGCAUGGGAAAUCAAAAGUUUAGAAGGUAGUUGGGAGUCCAACCAUUCUGUCUGCAUCGCAACCAGCCUAAUGUCUUUGCUUUUAAGUAUUUAUUGCUUGCUCUCAAAAAUCAAUCUGUUUGCUUCC